AACGAAGUUAGUGUUUGGUGGUGGUUGGCCAUUGUGUUGUUGGUGCCCUGGCUGGAUGCUAGGAGAAGAGUUUACCUAGAUUGAUUUUCUUCGUGGAGGAGACAGAGCGCCAGUGCUACUGACAUAGGAGGGUGGUAGAUGCUGUGGCUCGUUCGGCGUACGUCAAACAGGCGAGUCGUGCUUCGAAAAUACGGGGCGUAGCGUGCGCGCUUCCUUCACGACUGAACUGGACUCUCUUUUACCGAUCGAGCCGCACCGAUCUGUGUAACCUGCAGCCUAACAUUUCGGUAGCACUCCGACCCUAGUCGCCGUCAACGGAAAUGGUCGUUAGAUUAUCCGACAUGGAAAUGCGAGCAAGAAAAUCGGCGAUAGCUGCGGAUAGGUUAGGCGAGACGGAUUCCGUCAAGAGAAUUGACGCCGUCAACGGCGCGCUAGAGCCAGCCCCUGCGACGGCGACGUCUAGAAGUCGGCCACGGGUCGAGCAAGAGUCGAAUUACGAGGAGCCGUUGCUCGAUACGAUGAAGCAGGAAAGGGCGACCCUCGCGAAGGGGAAGGAGAAAACGAGACGGAUUAAUGGCAAGGAAGAGAAAGCGAGACUGGCCAAUGGGCCGGAGAAAGCGCGAUUCACGGAUCGAAGCGGGAUAGCAGGACGAGAAGGGCCGGCAGGAGGAGGUACUAACGGCACGGCGUUGCUUUGCAUGGCGCUGCUGGCCCUGCAGUACGGCCUGCAGCCGAUCCUCACGCGAAAGCUGCUCAGUCGGGACGUGCUAAUAUCGAGUCAAGUCAUCACCUGCGAAGUGCUCAAGGUGCUCAUUGCAAUCACGGCCAUGUUUCUAGACGGCUCUCUCUUCUCCAUCUGGCGGCACUGGCACCCCUUGGACUCGUUACAAGCUGCUGGGGUACCGGGGCUGCUGUAUGCCGCCCAGAACACCCUGAUUCAGAUGGCUUUAAGGCACCUGGACUACCUGACAUUCAACCUGCUGAAUCAGACCAAGCUGCUGUUCACUGCUCUGUCAAACUACCUGUUCCUCAGAAUCCGGCAGACUCGCCUGCAGCUCUUGGCUCUGUGCCUGCUGCUCGUGGCCGCCACUCUACUAACCGUUGGUCCUGGGCAGCCUCAGUCCCAGGGAAGCAGCGCGUCAGAGAGAGGAGAGGGAGCAGGCAUGGGGGGUGAAUGGGCAGGGGGGGACGCCCAGAAGGCCGCUGCAGGCGUGGCAUGGGAGAGGGUGGUGCUGGGCGUGGUGCCGGUGCUGGUGGCGUCCGUCACUUCUGGCCUGGGCUCCACGCACAACCAGUGGCAAGUGCAGGUCAAGAGGCGCAACCCGCAUCUCUUCACCAUCGAGAUGUGCACCCUCACCUCCCUCACUCUCCUCUUCACCCUCCUCUCCUCUCAAGACGGUGCUCGCAUGGCUCGGCUCGGCUUCUUCCAUGCCUGGACGCCCCUCACCAUUAUACCCGCCCUGUCUAACGCCAUAGGAGGCAUUCUCGUGGGCCUGGUGACCAAAUACGCAGGGGGCGUUAAGAAGGGUUUCACGGUGAUAGCGGGUUUGCUCGUCACUGCUAUCGUGCAAUACCUUCUAGACGGCACGCCUCCCUCCUUCUUUGUCUGGCUGGCCCUCCCAUUAACCAUCCUUAGCACCGUCCUCUACUCCACCUCUGCUGCACCUGCCAGUGCUGAUCGUACACGCAAGAAGAGCCUCUAAAGUGGGUUCGCUUCUUCUGGUGCCUCUGCCGCCCCUGCUAGCGGAACGCUCUGCCUCCCUUCCUCGUUGUCUGGUUGGCCCUCCCAUUAACCAUCCUUAGCACCAUCCUCUACUCCACCUCUGCUGCACCUGGUGCUGCUGCUGCUGCUGGUGCUGCUGCUGGUGCUGCUGACCAUACAAGCAAGAAGAAUCUCUAGAUUGAGUGUGCUCCUGGUGCCUCUGCUGCUCCUGCUAGUGCAACGCACGCCUCCCUCCCUCUUUGUCUGGCUGGCGAUCCCUGUCACUAUCCUUGGCACCCUCACCUGCUCCUCCGCUGUGCCUACUGCUGCUGCUGCUGCUGCUGCUGCUGCUGCUGCUGCUGCUGCUGCUGCUGCUGCUGCUGCUACAGCUCAUUGUGAAAAGUGCGAGAAGUUCUAAGCUCACACCACUGCUUCUGCUGUUAAGGGCGGUGCUGAUGAUGCUGGUGCUGCUGCUGCUGCUUCCUGCUUUUUUGCUUCGUAUGGUAGCCCAAGGCACGCCUCUGUCCUCCUCCUGCUUCUACUAAUGCUUGGUGUGGCGUUCCUCCUUCCGUCUCUGUCUGGCUCAGGGCCUCAGAUAUCAGGAUGUUUUAUCCUGAAUUCCUGAUUUUCAGGAUGAGUAUGAGGUGCCAGACCUGAAAAAUCCGAUUAAAUGAAUUUCUGACCCUGUAAAUUCAGUAUGGUUAUCAUAUGACAACCCUGAGAACUCAGUAUAGUGUUCGUGUACCAGCCCUGACUGCUCAGUAUGAAUUCGAGGAUAACCCUGAUACCUCGAAUCUGGCUUCAGGGGGGGCGCUACGGCGACUGGCCGCGCAGCUACCCGAAUCUCGUGCGCCUGUGGGUGGCUGUGGCAGUGCUUCCUCUCAGCACUGUUGAGUGCGAGAGGGGAUUCUCGCGACAAAAUGUGAUUAAGAGCUGGAACCGGACGA